AUUGAGGGCAGCGGCUUCAGUCGCAGGCUGAGGGCGGCGCGGCCAGCCCGAUGGCUGCCGUGUUCCUGGUUACGCUGUACGAGUAUUCGCCGCUGUUUUACAUCGCCCUGGUGUCCGUCUGCUUCCUCGUCACCAGCGCGCUCGUUCUCGGCUGGUUUGGUUUGGGUGUUCCUGUCAUUCUGAGGAACUCAGAAGAGGCAGAAUCCAGCACAAGGGUAUUGAAAAAGCGGAUGAGACAAGUGAAAAAUCCUUUUGGGUUGGAGAUCCAUAAUCCUGCUGCAGCUUCAGUAACAAGGGGCGUAACACUGACACCUGACUGCCUGGAGGACUGUGUCCUUACCUGCUACUGGGGCUGCAAUGUCCAGAAACUCCACGAAGCUCUGCAGAAACACGUCUACUGCUUCAGGAUAAAGACUCCUCAGGCAUUAGAGGAUGCUCUCUACAACGAAUACCUCUACAAACAGCAGCAAACCAUUAAAAAAAAUGACAAGGCAGAGAAAUAUUGUCAGUUAGCAGAAGAUGCUCAAGUUGUGGAUUUUGGCCCCGUGCCUAGAGCUCGCUAUCCCUUGGUAGCACUGCUGACGUUAGCAGAUGAAGAGGACAGAGAAAUAUAUGAUAUUAUUGCAAUGGUGGCUGUAAUUCACGUUCCUGAUGAAAGCUACAGACUCUCCUGCCGAAUUCUGUAUCAGUAUCUCCUGCUAGCUCAAGGUCAAUACCAUGACCUGAAGCAACUCUUCAUGUCUGCAAAUAGUCCUGCACCCUCCUGCAGUGACACCUUCCCUGGUGAGAGCAGCACUGACAGAGGGCUGCUGGAAAAGGCUGGGCUGGCUGGAGAUGAACCAGAAUUGCAGGAAGAAAACAGCAAAGACUGUGUGGUGUGCCAGAAUGGCCCUGUGAACUGGGUCCUGCUGCCCUGCAGACACACGUGCCUGUGUGAUGGCUGCAUCAGGUAUUUCCAGCAGUGCCCCAUGUGCAGGCAGUUCGUGCAGGAGUCUUUUCCACUUUGCAGCAAAAAGGAGCAAGAUGAGGAUGAGUCGACCCGUGUCUUGCAAGAUGUUCUUCCUGGAAGAGUUUUUUAACAGGAGUUAAAAAUAAAAGACCUGGGUUAUGUGCACUAAGAUUAAAUGUGGAAGCCAGACUAUUUAUGGGAGGAUAUGUAGUGUUAACUUGUAGGAUUUUGCUUUUUUUUUGUUGGGUAAUUUUCAGCUUCCUUAUUUUUCCUCGCUCCAUAUGCUCACAGGAGCGCUGCUUCCCCGUGCAAUGUGGACAGGAGAAGUGCGUGGGAUAGCUCCGAAGGAUGUGAAUUUAUUUAUAACUGCUUCCUAGAUUUUCUUGGAGCACUGUUGGAGGCUAUUUUGACUACUAAAUUUAGGCUGUCUACUAAAAAAAGAAUAAAACUUGCAAGUGCAGUUGCCCAAGGCUCAUUCUAUAUUUAUUGUGUUUAAAAUACUAGAGCUGUAUAUCAUUUUAACUCGGUAUAAUUUAGGAACUUAGCACUUUACAGAAUGUACCAUAUGAAGGAAAGUAAAUAUUCUUCAGCGUUAACCCUGUGUGUGUUUAUUUUGUAGCAGAAGGUUGGGCUGUGGCAGGAGCUGGGGGUUCAAGGUGGGGCUCAGGACACUGUUUCUGCCUGGUUUGGAGGAUUUGUGUGUGAGGGCCUUCAGCCAAAGCCCUUUGGAAAGAUUUUUGUUGAUGAUUCUUGAACUGCAUGUUGAUGACACUUUCAAGCCUGAGCCCCUGCGAUGACAUCUUGUGACACAGACUUUCAGUCUUGUUGGCAGUGCCUGUAAGAACUUGUUCUCCAUGCAAAUGUUGGUUAAUUACUCUCCAGAGUGGUGGCAGCUUUGUGGUGCUUUGAAGGAUUUCCAACUCUUUUCACUUGCAUGGUCAGCUUGGAUGAUCAGUAACAAGUUAACCAGUUACCCUUAUCAAUAGUCCCAGGAAAUGUAAAUGUACCUGCUCUAACAAAGGAAGAAGCUAAAGAAUAGCAGAAAAUUAUUUCCUUUCACUCCAGUGGUGUGUUGUCAAAAGCAAUAAAAAUGCCUGUUGAGAAAAGAAAGUGGUUUGUUUCUUUAAAGAGAGACAAAUUCUCCUAAGGACAAAUGGGCUGAGUCUCACAUCUGCUCAUAUAAGGGAAAAUGCUCCUUAGAACCUGUAGAGAUGGGGAGUAGCUGCUUUCUGUCCUCCCUUUUGUUCCCUUGCAGCUUUUCUCCACAUCCAGCUCCAGGACAGCUGCUCAGGCAGGGAAAGCUGUGCUCCAGAUCCUCAGCUCUGCUCUCCAGCAGCUCCAGGGUACACACAAGGUGCUGCACACCUCCAAACCAGGGAAGGAAGCUUUCCCCACUCCAAGGUAUUCCAAGUUCACCUUUCCAUGCUUCUUUUUUUAUAUUGCUUGCUGUGACCCUGCUUCUGAACUCCUGGCAAUUACAUCUGAGGAAAAGAUUUAGGUGGUGCUGUUGGGAAGAGUAAUGGUUAGUUGUAAGGACAGAUGGAUGUGGGGAAUUGAUGCCUAUAGCCACAGAUUCCCUGCCAGUGAUCAGCAGCCUGGUUGUAAGAUAAUAAAGUGACCAUCCUGGCCAGGGACAACUUGGGAAUA